CCCUGUUUCUGUCUUUGUGAGUAUAUAUGCAUUAUUGGCUGAUCCUGUAUUAUACUGAGAAUCUAAUUGAAUCUGUCCUAUUAGGAUUUUGGAGCGAACAUUCAACUUGGUGCUGACUUCAGUUCAACAACAGGAAGAGAUCGUACGCUUGAAGUCCCAUGUAAGUUUGCGUUAGGGGAUCAAAUCAGGGAACAUCGGUACUGACGCCUUUGUAUUCAGAAUAACAGCACGUCUACUGAACAUGACAGACGUAUGACCGAUAUAGUAGAGAAUCACAAGGAGGAACUCCGUGAAUUGAAGAAGGAAAUUGAGCGCAAAGAAGUGGAUUUGGAAACUUUGAAAAAGCAAUGCCAACAGCAGUCAGAGGAAUACUUCCGCUUAGCUGAUCGUCAUAAUGAAUUGGAGAGACGUGGUUUGCCAGACGAGAAGAGAAAAGACAAAUAAUAAGCAUUCAUUCACAUCUGUACCUUCAUACUCCAAA